AUGAAGCAGGCCCCUUUCAAAAGGAUUUCAGUAUAUAAGAGUGCAUGUGCCUGGUGCUACAGAAUCUGCAACAAUAAACAGAUAGUUGAAAUAAUUACCACAAAGACACUUCAGGCUUAUCGAGGAUAUUCUAACAAACAGCCAUUUAGAUUCCAGUCUCUUACAAUUUUCCUAAGAGAUGAAUCGGUGAAUAAAAUGAAUAUAGGAAAUGAAUACAAAAUUAUUGGAAUUCCUACAUGUGUAGAAACUGCACAAACUACUGUCUGUAUAGAAGCAAAUAAUAUAACUUUUUGUAAUUCAAAAGUUCCUUCAGGAAUUAGUGACGACUUCAAGCGUCUCCUUUCCUUGACUUCCAGUUCAUGCUGGAAGUUUACAGCAAUACUUGCCAAUAUCUUUGCAUCACAGAUUGUUCCUCCUGGGACUUACAAUUGGCUCAAACUCUGUUUGUUGAUGAGUCUUGUACAGACAAGUGACCGUAAAAAGGAACUGGAAGAUUGCCUGGAUAUUUUAAUUGUAACAAGUGAUACUCUACUAGUAGACAGGUAAAUAUGUGACAUGAACUUUUUUCUUUUUUUUUUUUUUAUUAAGCAGACCUAGGCAGACCUAGGGUUCAAACCCCCCACUCAUGGUACACAGGACCAGCACUUUAAGUGAGCUACAGGUGCCCAACUACAUGAAUUUUUUAAAAUGUUAAUUGGCCACAGGUUUGUAUAAAUUUUUUCAAUAAGCAUUAUUAUAAGAGGAAUAUUUAGGAUUUAUCUGAACUAGUAUAUAUAAUUAUUCUAGUCACUUUUUAUCAAUAAAGUAAUAAACUUUUGAAACAUAAGUAGAUAAAUGAGAUAUUUGCUUUUAAUAUUUUGAGAGUGUAACCACUCGAAGUUUGAACCUUUUCCCUCACUCAUUCCUUUGCGGAUAUGUAGCAAAUGCAUCCUUCCCAGCCUUCCUUUUCCCCCAUUCCCUGGCUCUACCUUUGUGCUUUGUUUUCAUUUUUUAGUAAUCUUCCCCGCAAGGAGCCAAGAAGCCAUUUUUAAAUUUUUCUCCAAGAUUCCAUUCAAUAAUAUUGAUUCACUGUACCCAACAGUGCCAAAAUUACUGUUUUGGU